AUGGCAUUAAAAGGCCCAGGAAAAACUUUGAAAGGCAGUCCAUAUGGUGAUCCCGCGAAAGGGUUGCAAGGUAGUCCAUAUGGAAAACUGCCUUCAAAGUCUACAAAGAAACCGAAAAACGAUCAUUCUGGUUCAAAAGACGCUGGAACAAGCUCUAAUAAAACAGAAGGCGAAGGAGUACCUUUACAGGAAGUGUUUGGCGUUCUUGCGGAUGAAAAUGGUCGUAUUACUUCGGCAAAACUGCGUAGUUAUGUCAAAGAGCUAGAUCUGGAUUUCACAGAUGAAGAAAUUAAAGAAAUGAUGCAAGUUGUCGAUCCCGCAGGAAAGGGCGAUGUUUCUUACAAUAACCUCCUUGGCAUUGUUCGUGAUUUCAGUCAUGAAUUUCCGACAGUACAGCUUACAGCAGAAGAAUUAAGUAGAGAACUUACAUACACAAGUACGAUAACUGAAGAAUCUACAAAGGAAAAUAGCAUAGAAGACAUAUCAGAACAACCGGGUACUAGUACACAAGAAAUUGUUAAUAGCGAGACAAUUGAAACAAACGGAACUGAAUCUGACUUAAAUGGCAUUUCAAGACCCGUAUCUUCAAGGGCUCGGAUUGCUGCGUUAGCUAAAAGGGCUAUAGACGAUCUUGAUGACCAGAUGUCUGUGAUCAAGGAAGAUGAUGAAUAUGAAGAAGAAAACGAAGAAGUUAAAGAAGAAUCUAGCGAGAUAGGACAUGAUGAAGAAACCGUUAAAGAAGAUGAACAUGUAGGAGGGGAAAAUAUUGACAAUACCGAAAUUGAAAAUGAAGCAUUUGGUGAUGACAAAUCAGUGACUUCUAGAAGAGAAACAGUUAUUUCUAGAAUUUCAGCAAAAAGCGCAAACCUUGUUAACGAUAUCAUUCCAACUGCAGAUUCCAGUAAAGAGGAUGACUUAUCAGAAAAUGAGUCUGGAAGUAAUGAUGCUGGGAAUCAGCCGUCCCGAGCUAGUGCAGUAAAAGAACACCGGCUUGAUUCGGGCGUAUCUACCGCUGUUGGACGCAUGAAUGCUUCAAUUACAGAUACGGAAAAUGGGAGGCGAUCAAGAAAACGAAGCACAAGUGAGACGAGAACAAAGUCAAGACGAGACUCAGUAAAAAGUGAUACAAGCCGAAAGUCAAAUAGGAAAGUUGGGGAACGGAGCACAAGUAGAUCGAGAAAACGUGACGAAAAUAGAAAGUCAAUGCAAACCGAAAGACGGAAGUCAGUUCCUCGUAAGAAGUUCCAGGGUGUUAAUGACCCCGAGUUUUACUCAACUAUGGGAUGUUCUUUGAAAUUGUCACAAAUAAGGACAAGACAGAGGCUGUUAUAUGUGAUGUGGCGUGCAGUUUAUGACCAAGCAUUGAGAAAAAUGGAACAAGAACGAGAAAAACGUCAGGUACAGUAAAAACGGCGAAAUCAGGUUGCUGCUAAUAUCUAAGUUAAAAUGGAAGAGGUUU